AUGCUGCCCGAGGUCGAGCACGACGAGUCGGUCCCGACCGAAGCCGAGAUGGAAGACCUCACGCAGUCGCCGACAAGGGACCUGCAGUCGCUCAUCCCGCUAGACUCGAGCGCAGUGAAGAGGACGGUGAAGCCGCCGCCGGUGCUGACGCUGCGCCCGAUGAACAAGGACGUCAUGUACGGCGCGCUCUUUGCCAUGCAGUGCCUCAUCACGAUGAUCCUGGUCGUCGCGAGCCCUACGUACUCGCAGCCGCGCCCCGACGGCGUCCCGUACAUUGGCGCCAUGGUCAUCGUCGGCACGAUCUACAGCCUGCUCUGGGUGGCGUUCUUCUUUGCCGCGCCAAAAGACCUCUACAUCCGCGUGUCGACGACGCUUUCGUUUGCCGGCGUGGCGCCCAUGGCGCUGGUCCUCCUUGUGAGCCCAACGUGGACUGGCUUCUUUGUGAGCCUUGGCGUGCUCGCCCUCGCGUUCUCAGACUUUAUUUGGACCCGCAAGAACAAGCUCGGCUUCGACUUUGUCGCGGUCGUGUUUGAGCUGGACGACGGCUGGUCGAUCGGCCUUCUUUGGCUCUUGUUUCACUUUUACUGGACGUCGCACCUCUUCAAGACGCUCAUCUCUGUCGUGGUGUCGGGCACGGUCAUGUACUGGUACCACCACUGGGGCGACGACCAGCCCGAGUCGCCGACUGUGCCCAUGGUGCUCACGUCGCCUCGGUCGUCGCUUCGCACAGCGUCGAUCGAGAUGGAGCCCAAGACGAACGCGCCAUCAGCCAACACGAUUGUCUUGCACUACACGCGCGUGGCCAUGACGUCAGUCUUUGGCUCGGUCUGUCUUGGCGCGCUCUGCAGCCCCAUCGCCCACUUUUUCUGGACCGUGUUGCGCAUGGCGAAGCGCGACGGCUCGUACCGCUGGCUUCGCGGCGUCGUGCUGCCGCUCGCACCGCGCAUUGAUGCGUUCACGCAGCUCUACCACAAGUACACGCUGAGCUACGUCGCGGCGUACUCGCAGUCGUUUUACGUUGCCGCUGCGGAGGUCUGGAGCCUCUUUGAGGAGUGCGGUAUCGAGGCCAUGGUCGACGACGACUUGACGAGCCGUCUCCUCUUGUUUGCUGCCAACAGUGGCGCCGGCUGCAUGGGCACGCUUGCCAGUCUCGUCCUCUUUGGCUCCCACUUGCAAGUGUACGGAACCGUGCUUAGCUUCGUGGUUGGCUACUCGGUGAGCUCGACGGCGACCGCGAUGCUCAAUACUGCUGUCAAGACGCUCUUUGUGUGCUUUGCGCAGAACCCCGACCGUCUGAGCCAGCUCAACCCUAUCAUUUAUCACCGAUACGUCCGCCUCUCGGAGCUCAAAAACUUCAAGGAGCGCCGGUAGAUACGCGUAGUAGUAGGUCGUUGCACACGAAACAAGAUCUAGUUCGUCUUACCAACUAUUGAUGAAAUAUGUCGCGUCAAGG